CGUCCCCGUCCAGCUUCGAUGACCCGCACUUGGAUACACCGCUGAUGCGCGGCAUGCAUGCGCUACCUCCACGACGCGCCAUGACAGAGUCCACCUCUACCCAGCUGUUGCCGGCCUUGGCCGUCGACACGCGCAGCUCACCUGCGUGCGCCGUGGCGCCACGUGCGGACGUGCCGCAGGUGUGCGCACCCCGGGAACACGUGCGUGCGUUUGCCUUCGUCCUCGCCACGCCCUGGGCUCCGUACUUUCGCCUGCUUCGCAAGGUGCACACGCGCCUGACACCGAUGCCAUCGUCUCCGAUCGUUCGCCAGGGCCAGGCAAUAGCAUGGCAUGUCGCCGGCGGUUGCGCACCACAUGUGUUCGCCGCUUUGCCUGCGAGGGACCGAUGCUCAGGAAUCUGCAUGGCAUUGGCAAUACCUGCCGGCCUCUACUUUGAUCAGUUCCACAAUACAGAUAGAACAUGGUUGUGACUUGUGAGCCGUUAUGGUGUACUGACCUUUACUGCACUCAAAUUUGCUGCCUCGCAGUCGCGGAUCGAAGAUCGGACAGAAACCAGGAAGCUGUGGACAAAAAGGUACUACUUUCGAUCUGAAUUUGUGAUAACCGGUGAACAUUUGUGUUGGCGAGUUAAUUUGGUGCUAAAAUUGUGGACAAAAGGUACUUUGUCCUGAAUUUAUGGUAAAGGAUUAACUUUCUUCAGUUUUGAAGAAAAACUGCAAAAAAGGAACUUCUCGCUGAAUUGGUGUAUUGCCCUCAUUUUCACUAACCAUGAGCAGAACAUAAUAGUUGCUCUGGCCACCACAUCAUCAGCUUUCCUCAUCCUCACCAAAUGUCUCCCUUCUCACCUCUCAAGUAAACCACAAGAAACCAGGACCGGAAGCCAUGGCUCGUGGUGCUCUACUGCUUCUUGUCUCCCUUUUCGUCGGUGCGCCGGCGGCGGCGAAAGAGGAGAUCAGAUUGCCAUCCCCGUCUACAGCGCACAAGGGCUCCUUCGAGCCAGAGGCGUACCGGGUGAAGUGGUACCUGAGGCCACCUUCUCCCCGCGGGAGCUCCGUCAAGCCGGAGGCGAAGUGGGACCCUCCUGCCUCGGCGGGUGCGGGGGAGCCGGCACGUGGCAUCCAUGUCGAGCCCGGGAUGCUCUUCCUGCGGAAGAGCUUGUUUCCGGGGGCGAUCCUGCCGGAAGGCACUAGGCUCGCCGGCCACGGCUUCCCGGCUCCCCGGAGGUUCAUCACCCGGGCGGCCGCCGACGCCGUCCCCUUCAGCUCCGACCAGCUCGACACCAUCCUGAGGAUGUUCAGGAUCCCGCGUGGGUCGAGCAAGGCCGAUCAGGUCGCCGCCACGCUCCGGACCUGCGAGGAGGCGUCCCCGGAGCCUCACGCCUGCGCCACGUCGCAGCAAGCCGCGGCCGCCUUCGCCGCCAGCGCGCUGGGGACCGGCGAGCCGCGCGCCGUCGUCACCGUCGUCCACGGGGAGGAGGAGGCCGCCGCCGGCGCCAGGUACGUCGUGGCGCCGAACGGGGUCGCGCGCAUCGGCGGCGGCGCAGCCGGCGUGGUGCCGUGCCACCCGAUGCCCUACCCGUACAUCGUCCACUACUGCCACCGGCCGGCCGGCGUGGAAGCGCUCCGCGUCGAGCUGACGGCGGCCGGCGCGGGCGCGACCGCGGUCGCGAUGUGCCACGCCGACACGACGAGCUGGGACGCUGGCUACUUCCGGAUGCUGAACGCGACGCGCGGGGAGGAGAUCUGCCACUUGAUGCCGCUCAACUACGUGCUCUGGCUGCCUGCUGCUGCCAAUCUCCAGGGCACAUAUAGCAGGAAGCCAGGAAGUACUCGUGAUUAAUAAAAGAUGAGAGGAUUAACUGAGCUGAGUACCAGCUUGCUUGUGAAGUUUGUGCAUGUCUUCCAUCUGAUGAUCAUCAAGAGGACAAUCUCAAGUAAAAUGUUUGUGACAAAUAAUUGUCCAACAUGAAUGACACAGAGAUGCUUCAGACAUGUGCAUAA